UAGAAUAAACAAUUCAAGCCAACACCCUUUAAUCAACAUCAGACAAUUUUUCAAGUAAAAUUAGUGGAAAACUUUGAUUAAAAAAAUCUUUAUAAUUAUUUAUUUAAAAAGUGAAUGAAGGCAGGAAUAUUACCAGACGAUAAUAGUCACUAGAAAUUGAUAUUUGCUUCUUCAAAAGUGAGAGGACAAAUAAAAAAGAAGAGACAUUUUUCAGACUUUCGUUGUUUACGUCGCGGUGAAUGGUUUGAGGUAGAAUGUGGGGUUAGAAUUGUCUUUCUGACAAUUCUAUGUUUGAUUAUUUGAUUAGUUGAGGAACAGCAGUUCUAAGGAGAGACUUUAGAAACUGAAGAUUAUUAUUUUGAGGAGACGAUGGCGACUAUGGACGAAUGGAACAGCAUUGGGUCGUCAAAGAGGAAUGUUAUGAGCCCCAAAAUUGUUAAUCGAGCACCUGGAAUCGGUGAAGGGGUUGAUGAGUACUUGGAACCUCUGUUGAACAAAGUUUUGAUGACCAAAUCCUUCGGGAUUAAUUUAGGAGCCAUUGAACUGUGUCAAGUAGCUGCAAGCUGUCCUGAGGGUAAAGGAGACAGAUUCAGGAUUUCCAUACCCUAUGCCAAUCACAAACUCGAGUGGAUUGUCAUGUUCAAUUCUAUUUGUCCUGACGAGGGACCUGAUUUCGAGUUCUCUGACAGAUCAUUUCUAGCCGAUCCCGCCCUGCACACUCUCGAGAAAUUCGUCCCCAGUCUGUAUAACUGGAACCAUUUGGAGCCUGAUGCCUUGCUUGCUGUUAUCACUGAGCUCGUUGCUCACUACAAAAAACAUCAGAUUGACCAACUGAAUCAAUUCAGUGACCGUCUGAACGUAGAAUACAAAACCAUGAUCUCAGGAACUGAUAUCAACGAAGACGACGUCGAGCUCAUUCUCCUACCAGACAGUGUUCAGCCAGAGGAGGCCCACUUCCUCAUUCGCUUGGCAAUCGACUUUUCGAAGCUUCCAGGAAAACAUCCAUUCCUGAACAACGAUGCAGCAAUGCUCCUGGUGACAUUCCAGGGUGCCCACUGGAAUCGCAUUACACCAAACUUAUAUUUUUCGAAAAACGUUAAAGAAACCUUCAGCAAUUCAACUAGUCUUCACCUUCCAAGCUUCCCCUCAGAGAAGACUCUCGUGGACUACGUCCCCGAGGUAAAGAAAUUGAUAAACUCCAAGAUCGACACUAUCGCUACGAACUUCGAGAAAAAGAGGACCUUCAUAGCAGCAGUAUUGAUUCUGCAGGGCCCAAGUGUUCUAGAGUAUGAUUGUGUUGAAUUUAAUUACAUCAGUCUUAUGCUGGUCCAUCGGGAUUUCUACUUCAUCCUGCAUUUUAACCUGCCCCCCACAUUCCCCUGGACCCCCCCAAGGAUCAGUCUCCAGUCGAUUUAUCACAUGACAUCUAAAACAGAGCUCUUCAAACAGGGGAUUGCGAAUAAUUGUCCCUACAGCCCUCGUUGGCAGCCUGAUUACAUGUUCACCCAGGCCCUUCGGCAUGUUAUCACUGUGGAGAUCAAUAAGUUCAAAAAUGCCUCCACGAAAAACCGUCGCUGAUUGUUUUUUUAAAAUUACUUUCGUCGUUCAGUUACUAAUUUUUAUGUGAUUAAUAUUAAGUAUGAUAAAGAAGAUGAAUAUAGGAGACAUAAUAAAUAUAAUU